UUCCAUUUUAUUAUAUUUAGCCUGCAGCGUUCCCUUUGGUUUCUCCUGGAAGAAAAAUUAGCAACUUACAUGGCUUUUUAUUUGAUAUACAUAAGGAGCUAUCCGUGGUGUCCAAAGAGUUUUAAGGUUGAGUGCGAUAUUCUCCAGGAAGGAAAGCUAGACUCUUUAUGCUUGUCAUGUGACUUUCAUGUGACUUUCAUGUGACUGUUGUUGUGACUCCUCUCUCUCUCUCUCUCUCUCUCUCUUUCUCUCUCGUCCUUUCGCACGUGGUUGCGGUAUGCACAUGCGCAGUUGCUGUCAAUGGUACAGGUAGGUGUGGUAAAGUUGUCAGUGUUUCAUCUCUCCUUGUCUAUCUUUUUUGUUAUGAGAGUGAUAACUGCGCAUGCGCAUUAAAACCGUACGAUCACGCGCGGACACGUACGAUUGGUUACCAUGGCAGUCAGUAGCCUGAGGGCAAGCAGUGGUGUAGUAGUUGUAGUGUUGUCUCUUCCAAAAUAAGAAAGUGUAGGCUGUAGUCAGGUAGCGAGAGAGUCGGUAGUCGGAGAGAGUGGCCAAAGCCCCUGAGGACGAGCGCUAGCUCCUCCAGCCAUGGCCUCCCCCUCGUCUCCCGACUUCCACGACAAGAAAUAUAUGAUGUUCACCAGAAACAAUGUCCAGAGAGCUGUCAGGAACGUGAGGGAGACUGAUGAUCUGGGGUUCUAUUUGGGUGUCCCUGGGAGGAGACGGGAGGGAAUUGAGAGACAGUUCAGAGGAGAUGAAGGACGACAGGUGGAGGAAUAUGUCACCUACUUCAUGGACCACGACCCACUAGCCUCCUGGAGACGAGUUAUUGUUGUUCUUGAUGUGAUGAGAGCUACAAAUAAGAUACGACAUCUGGCGGAGUCUGUCACAGACCCCACACUCACUAUCAACAACCUCCGUCACGUCACCUCUUCAGUCCAGGACUGGUAUGAUCUGGGGCACUAUGACUAUGGUCUUGGUGUUCCUGGUAUUGUGCUGAAUGAGAUCAGGAGAAAUCCUGCCCUGACAGAGGAGGAGAAGAAAACAAAGGUCCUACUCUACUUCCUCCACAAUGUCCCGAUGGCCUCCUGGGAGAGAGUUGCCGGAGUACUGUACUACAUGAAGGAGGAGAGGGCAUUACAGGCAGUGAAGGGGUUCCUGCCAGUCUCACCAGAGGCCAGUCUCACUCCAGAGAACCUCUCCACAGUUCUAGACAUCAUGAGUGACGGUCUGUGGAGGAAGUUUGGUGGAUAUGCCAACAUACCAGACUCUGAGUUGGACAGUAUCAAGGCACAGUGUACCAGUGGCAGAGAUUGCAAACAGGCCCUCAUUCUCUCCUUCAUCACCUCACAUCCAGCACCAUCCUGGAUCCUGGUGGCAUGGGCUCUCUACAUGACUGAGCGGUAUGAGGGUGGCGGCAGUUGUCUCAGAGCAUUGGAUCACCUGCAGCAGCUGUUCCCCACUGGAAGAUUCCGCUCCAAACAGAUCUACAAGCAGGAGAUGAAACGAGGCCACAUUGAGCUGGACUUGGACAAAAUGCUGCUGUUUGGCAAUGCUGGCAGUGGCAAGACGUGCUCCCUCGCUGCACUGCUCGGAGUUGACCCUCCCACCAUCCGACGCAGCACUCCUCUCCUGAAAAGACCCAUCGAGGGCAUGUUCGUGGACGUCGACGGCAAAAAACAGUGGAAGAAGCGAAAAUUAGACCUCGCCGCUGAAGUAAUUCGGUCGCGAAUGCCACGGCAACAGUCAGUGGCACAGAGCAGUGGUGGCCCAGCCUCCCCCGGCCAGCAGUCUCCCCACACUGCAGCCAGCCAGUCAGUAGAACCAACACCAGAGAACACGAGUAGCUCCAUGUCUCAAGCAGCCAGGAAGAGCACAGCAUCCUCGGAGGAGAAGCCCAGCACCAGGGAGCAGCAGGAGGCAGAAGGGAGGCUGGAUUCCCUGCUGCUGUCGAGUGCGGUGGAUGAGGGGUUUGUACAUCUCAUCAACAGUGCUCCUCCCUCCCUGGAGCCCAUCUUGCGACUGAAGCAGUUCCUCGUGCUGGACUCUGGCGGCCAGCCCGAGCUUCUGGAGAUGAUGCCCGUCUUCCUGAGGGGUGCGUCCAAAUUCGUCUAUGUCUUGAAGCUCCACGAGUCUCUAGACAAGCGAGCGACGAUCCGUUACUUCAAAGACGGCAAGCUAGUGUGGGAGUACCCAGCCUACCUGACAAACGAAGGGACCCUGAGACUGUGCGUGCGGACCAUGAGGUCCCUGAACAACAAGAACCCCAACAUCCCUCCCGCCAAAAUGAUGUUUCUGGCCACCCACCGAGACAUGGUGGCAGACAAGCAGCUGCCCGGAGUGCUGGACACUCUGCAUAAGAGGCUGAGGGAGAUCCUCUUGCCUCAGUUCAGGGAGCAGCUCAUCUACUGCGAUACGGAAAGGGAGGACUUUGUCUUCACACUGAAUGCGGCAAAGCCGGAGAAGGAGGACAGGGAGUGUGCGGAGAGCAUUCGGGAGUGUCUCAGUAAG